CGGGGUCUUAGUUUGGUGAAGGCUUUCGGGAGAGUGCGAGCAAGAGCGACAGCUUAUACCCUUCAUAAGGACGUGCCUCUCUCCCCCUUGCUUGUGUUUCGGAGCCCCGCUUGGCUCGACUCUGACCGACCUGAGAACAUGAAGACGCUGCCCCUCCUCGCCCUGCUGCUGCUCGGCCAGUGGGGCCACUGCUUCGAGUUCAUUAUAGAUGGCGAGUGGGAGGGAGAGACUUCAGGACUCGAUACUCGCCACGAAAGACACAAGAGAGCUAUUUUGACCAGUGAGGAGGAGGAAGACUUUGAGGCCAUCCGCGGCGAUGACAUCACCGUCAAGAGCUACAAGGUGGAGAGCCGCAUCACCUCGCGCUUCGCCCACACCACAGUCCGGAGCUCGGUGGUCAACUCCGGCUCCAAGGCCCAGAGCAUCGGCUUCAACGUUCAGAUCCCCAAGAGGGCCUUCAUCACCAACUUCACUAUGAACGUGAACGGGAUUACGUUUACGGGCUCUGUGAAGGAGAAAACCGUGGCCAGGAAUCUGUACGCCCAGGCCAAGGCGAGGGGGAAGGCCGCGGGCAUCGUCAGGACAAACUCCCAGGACAUGGAAACCUUCAAGACGGAGGUUCACGUUCCACCUGGCAGUCACAUUCAAUUUGAGCUCCACUACCAGGAAAUGAUGCAGAGGAAGCUGGGAGUGUACGAGCAUUCUCUGCACCUGCAGCCCGGACGCCUGGUGCCACAGUUCCAGGUGGAUGUGUACAUCUAUGAGCCAAACGGUAUUUCCUUUGUGCAAACGACAAAUGCAUUUGGGGAACGCUUCAAAGGCUUGACCAAAAUGAACACCACAAAAGAAAAGGCCCAUAUCAUCUUCAAGCCAAACGUUGAGCAGCAGAGGAAGUGCGAAAACUGCACGGACAGCGGCGUGGAUGGCCUGUUCAGAGUCACCUACGACGUGUCGAGGGACCACAACGCCGGUGAACUUCAGGUCUCCGACGGCCAUUUUGUGCAGUUCUUUGCUCCCUCUAGCCUCACGCCUCUUCCCAAAAACAUUGUGUUUGUCAUCGACGUCAGCGGGUCCAUGUGGGGCGUGAAGAUGAAGCAGACCGUGGAGGCCAUGCAGGCCAUCCUGGACGACCUGACCAUGGACGACUACUUCAGCAUCGUGGACUUCAACCACAACGUGCGCUGCUGGAGCGAGGACCUGGUCCCCGGCUCCUCCAUCCAGGUGGAAGAGGCCAAGUCGUACAUCAGGGGGAUCAAACCCAAUGGAGGAACCAACAUCAACGAGGCGCUGAUGAAGGCGGUGCAGAUGCUGCUGAAGGCCUCCAACCAGCGCCUCAUUGACCCCCGCUCCGUGUCCAUGAUCAUCCUGGUGUCGGACGGAGACCCCACCGUCGGGGAGAUCAAACUGAGCAAGAUCCAGAAGAACGUGAAGCGUGUGAUGAAGGAGGAGUUCUCCCUCUUCUCGCUGGGCAUCGGCUUCGACGUGGACUACGACUUCCUGGAGCGCAUCGCCAUGGAGAACCGGGGCAUGGCCCAGAGGAUCUUGGCCAACCACGCCGCCUCCGAGCAGCUCCGGAGCUUCUACCGCCAGGUGUCGUCCCCCCUGCUGAGGCAGAUCACCAUCCAGUUCCCGGAGGAGGCCGUGUCGGACGUCACCCACAACCGCUUCGACAAGUUCUUCAGCGGCUCCGAGCUGGUGGUGGCCGGCAAGCUGCGGCUCACCGAGGAGACCACCCUAACCAGCUUCACUACCGCCUCCGCCGCCAGCAUGGACCUGACCCUGGAGACAGAGACGGAGAUCGGGGAGCUGGACGCCAAGCUGGCCGGCCAGCAGCACUCCGUCACGGGCUUCGCCAGGCAGAUGUGGGCCUACAUCACCGUCAACCAGCUCAUAUCCGAGAGGUCCCUGGCGCCCACGGCGGCGAAGAAGAGGAAGAUCACCCAGAGGAUCCUCACCCUGGCCGUGGAGCACCAGUUUGUGACGCCGCUCACCGCCCUGCUGGUGGAGAGCGAGGACGGCGGGGAGAGGCUGCUGGCCGACUCCCCCAAGGACCCCAAGCAGGGCUGCUGCUCAGGGAUGACAGUCCCGACCCCGGUAAUCCUGAAUUACUCACCCCCCCCCUGGGUCCAGCCUCCCAUGCCGUCGCCCCUCCCCAGUCAGGUGGAUGGAGCUAAACCUGAUCAAAUCACCAUAGUCGAGAACGACCCCCACUUCAUCGUCCACCUGCCCCGGACCCAGAUGGACGUCUGCUUCAACAUCGACUCCGAACCCGGACACAUCCUGAACCUGGUCUCGGACCCCGGUGCAGGCGUGGUGGUGAACGGCCAGCUGGUGGGCGCCAAGGGUCCGCGCGCCGACGGCAAGACCAGCACCUACUUCGGCGCCAUCUCCGUGUACUACCAGCCGGAGGGCCUGGAGGUGACCGCCAGCACCGAGCGGAUCACCGUGCGGGACACGCACCGGGGCCACUCCUUCACCUGGGCGGCCACCGCCAACAUCACGCAGGACGGGGUGAAGAUCUCCAUCGUGAAGGAGUCCCACGUCAUGGUGAGCGUCAACGACAACAUCAGGGUGAUGGUGCUGCUUCACCGCGUAUGGAAGAAGCACCCCAUCAACGUGGACUACCUGGGCAUCUACGUCCCCACCGACAACCAGUACUCCCCGCUGGUCGACGGAUUGAUAGGCCAGUUCUCCGUGGAGCCUGAGGUGAGGGUGUAUAACCCCCACCCAGGGGCAGACCCCCUGAAGGAGGAGGCCACCAUGGAGGUGAAGGGGCACCAGCUGUCCGUCACGCGGGGAUGGCAGAAGGACUACAGACAGGACAGGAAGCAAGGCUCGGAUGUCUACUGCUGGUUCGUCCACAACAGCGGGAAGGGCUUCAUCGACCACCACUACACCAGCUACAUCGUCCCCCACCGCCACAGCUUCCUACAGCUCGCCUAAUGGGGCAGGAGGGGGGCCUAGGGGCUGAAGAGGGGUGUGGAGCGAUGGAAGAUUACAAAAAGACACAAACAACUUGGGAGGAGGAAAUAUCAUUUUCUGUGAGAGGGAAGCAAUUUGAAAGUGUGAAAUCAAAUGCUGUGUUGGUUUGUUUGGGGUGGGUGUCAUGUGACAUAUUAGUACGUGAAUCAUUAAUAAAUACAAAAGCAUUUGGCUUGAUGGUGGGGACUAUACUGAACCAGUGAAAUGACAUAGCCGUAUGACCACGUUUCUCUGUACUUUAACAAGUUAGUAUGAACAAGGAGACUCAACGAAAAAAAAGAAACAAGCAGUUCGAUUUUUGUUCCACUUUAUUCUGGAGGAAUCCAAACAAUGUCACGAAAUUGUAAAGGACAAAAUAAUUACUUGUCGUGGUGUAACUACAAAAUAAAAACCAAAAGACUUAAGAAAA